AUGGAAAAUGCAAAUAAAGUUCAAUUAAAUUACAGUAAAAUUAGUAAAAGGUUCGAUUUCGGUGUGCCUUUAGAAGAUAUAUUCGACGACAGAGAUCUUCACCCCCGCUUGAAGCUCGUGUUUCAAAAUACAUUCGAGCUCUACAAGAAUAGCGGUUUGAACGUUGACGUUAUUUUAAAUCAAAAUUUAUCCCUCGAAGACUGUUUGAGGCUAAAACAAAGCAUUAUACUCGAUCGACAUCCCGUUGUGUGUACUUACCAACCGGUGGGCGCGUAUUUUUGGAUUAUCCGCCACUUUCUGGGCCUUCUACCUUUACCUCUUCUACCCCCUUGUACGAGCACCCGUAAAUAUUCUUGGCGAAAUUUGUCUUCGAAAUGCCGAAACGUGUUAAAAUCCAAACCCAGAUACAAAGAAGACUGCAAUUCGUUGAAUUACCUAAUCUCAAGUUCGUUGAAUAGCUUACCGAACGAGCAUAUAAUGCUGCUGAACGCAGUGGUAAUUUUCCUGCGAAAAAUCCUGAAAGUUAAUUUAAGCAAAACCAUUUUCCGAACCCUUAUUAGUUAUUACUGCGAUGCUGUUUUUAUCAGGCCGUUUAAACCCGGAAACGAUCGUGCUACCGAAGAUUUCAUCCCAUUGUUCGUUUACUUAGUCAAUAAGUGGUACAAAAUCGUCAAACACCUAAAAACCACCCAACUGCCUUUAUUCGCAACCGGUUACACUUACGCAGAAAUCAAUCCACCCGUUUCGCAGUACCUCGAACCGAUUCGAGCGCCUUACGUGGUGGUUAACAGAUACGUAAGAGACUCCGAAUGCCAGACGGAUUACUGGAAAACCCGCCAAUCAAUCAGCACGACGACUCCCAACGAUAUUUUAUUCGAUGAGGUCAAUUCGCAGCAGGACGUGCUCAGGAUUUAUCCGGCGAAAUCGCAGAAGCUGUCCUCUUUCAUCGGUACUCUCGAUAGCAUUACGGAGGACGGGGAACCGGCCGGUUUCGAUUACAGUUACGAGAGAUUGUACGAUUUCGAUUCCACCAUAGACGAUCCGCAUCUGAAAUGGGACGAUGUGGUGGCGGAAAUUCGGAAUACUGUAGAAAGAAUAGAGAGUUACAAUUACGAAAGCGAUCGUUAUUCCUCGAUUUUAGAAUUCGAUUCCACGUCGUCGUCGUUUCGCUCCGGAACGGAUUAUAUAUCGUUUACGGACUCGUCGUCGGGUAAGGGGCGCGAAACGGCCCCUCCGCCGCCGGUAAAACGGAAAUCUUCGGGCAAUUUGGACACCUCCAUGUACCUGAGUUUUUGUACCAAGUCCGACGAGGAGCUGUACGCGCUGGAUGACAGCGAUGCAGAGGACACCGUGUCGAAUUUCAGUUUGAAAAAGUUGAUAUUCAAUUUCAAAUUUUUGAAAUCCCUGUCGCCGAAGCUCAAACGGUCUAAGGGUAUUUUUAGGAGUAGCACCAACAGUAAUGUUAAAUACAAGAGGUUCAGGUUUUAG